CGCGCGCCGCACAGUCGGGACACAGAAAGCAAGCUCCGGCCCCAUUACCGGGCGCGGGAUCUCCUCCCUCACUCUUCCAACGGGACCUCCGCCAGCCGUAAAGCUCGGCGCCAACUGCUGCAAAGCGACUCACGACAGAGCCCGGGGCCGAACUACGGCGGGCCGCCGCCCCCGCCCCCCUUCAAACAUUGGGGUUUCUGGAGCGGAACGAGGCGGCCGCGGGUGUGUUUGCCUUCCGCCCUCGGCCUGCGUCCCUCGGAGGCGGCUCGGAGCCGCCGCGGCCUGCAGGGGAGGCCCCGCGCCGGUGCCUCCCGGCCGCCAUCAUCCCGGCGUGCACCUCGGCGGCGGGCCGAGCCGGCGGCCAUGUUGCGAUAGUUUGUUGUUUUCUUCCUGCGGAGGAGCAGGCCGGAGGGGCCCGCGACCCGCCGGCCGCGCCGCCCCCCGCGCCCCCGGCCCGGCCCGCCGCCCCGGCCCGCCGCCCCCCGUCCUCCCUGCGCGUCCCCGGGCCCCGGCUGGCUUGGUGGGGCGAGGCUGAAGGCCGGGCCCAGUGCACACCAUGGCGACCGCCCUGGGAGCGGGCGGAGGAGCCGGCGCCGGAGAUGACGAUUUCGACCAGUUCGAUAAGCCGGGUGCCGAGCGCUCGUGGAGGAGGAGAGCUGCUGACGAGGACUGGGACAGUGAACUUGAAGACGACUUACUUGGAGAAGAUUUACUCACUGGCAAAAAGAAUCAGUCGGAUUUGUCCGAUGAAGAGCUGAAUGACGAUCUUCUACAGAGUGACAACGAAGACGAAGAAAACUUCAGUUCUCAGGGUGUCACAAUUAGUCUGAACACCACCUCUGGCAUGGUCACAUCAUUUGAGCUGUCUGACAACACUAAUGACCAGUCCGGAGAACAGGAAUCUGAAUAUGAACAAGGAGAGGACGAGCUCGUGUACCACAAAUCCGAUGGCUCUGAACUGUAUGCUCACGAGUACCCGGAGGAAGGGCAGUACGAAGGCCCUGAUGCUGAGCUGACGGAAGACCACAUGGAGUAUGUGGAGGAGCCGGAGGAGGGGCAGCUGUACAACGACGAGGUGUUAGACAUCGAGAUCAAUGAGCCCUUGGAUGAAUUCACAGAUGAAGAAUACUUGCAGGCUUGUGGGCAACAAGGGAUGAAAGAGCAGGAAGACUGUGUUGCUGAAGAGGAAUUAGAUGAGAUUUCUGAUUCCCAGGUUGCUCCUGACACGGAAGAGGGAAGCAUGGAAACUUUGGAGCUGCAGAAGGACGUAAAAGAAGAGUCCGAUGAAGAAGACGAGGAUGAUGAAGAAUCGGGACGAUUACGUUUCAAAACUGAAAGGAAAGAAGGAACAAUUAUUAGGCUCUCAGAUGUAACUAGAGAGAGAAGGAACAUUCCAGAAACUUUGGAGCUUUCAGCAGAAGCCAAAGCCGCGUUGCUUGAAUUUGAAGAAAGAGAGCGACAGCAUAAACAGGGACGCUAUGGCUCAAGGCGGGGCGGAAGGAGAGGAGGCUCUUCCCUGUGUCGUGGAGUGGGCGACCAGAGGAGAGAGAACAGUGACAGGGCGCGAGGGAAAGAGCCCAGGCCUGCCCUGCUGCCCACACAGCCCCCUGUGCUGACGCACUCUCCGAGGCUGAUUCCUCCGCCUCAGCCCCAGCCUCCCCCUCCGCCGCCGCCACCGCCUCAGCAGCAGCCGAUCAGAAGUCUGUUCCAGCAGCAGCAGCUCCAGCCUCUGCUCCCCCUGCAGCACCCUCACCACCCCUCGCCCCCUCAGGGCGUGCACAUGCCCCCGCAGAUGGAGGCCCCCAGGGUGAUGAUGACACCGCCGCCCGUGACCCCACAGCAGCCCAAGAACAUACACAUAAACCCCCACUUCAAAGGGGCAGUGGUGACGCCCGUCCAAGUGCCCUUGCUGCCCGUCCCGAGUCAGCCGAGACCUGCCGUGGGGCCCCAGAGAUUCCCCGGCCCUCCAGAGUUCCCGCAGCACACGCCUGGCCCCGUUCCUAACAGUUUCAGCCAGCCCCCGCGGCUUCCCCUGCAGGACCCGUGGAGGACCCCACCCCCUCCGCAGGAGCGAGACCCUUUCUUCCUAGGAGUUUCAGGAGAACCAAGAUUUCCGAGCCAUCUCUUCCUGGAACAGCGAAGUCCCCCUCCACCACCUCCUCCUCCCACGCUUCUUAGCAGUGGUCACCCUGUGCCCACGCCCAGCCCCUUGCCCUUCACCCAGCCUGGGCCAGCGUUUAAUCAGCAAGGACAGCAGCCUGUGUUCCCCAGGGAGAGGCCUGCCAGGCCAGCCCUCCAGCCGCCGGGGCCGGUGGGCCUUCUUCACUUUAGCCAGCCAGGGUCCACAGCCGCACGGCCCUUCAUGCCUCCGCGACAGCCCUUCCUGCCGGGCCCGGGACAGCCGUUUCUGCCCACGCACACCCAGCCUAGUCUCCAGGGGCCCCUGCACCCCCCCCUGCCUCCCCCACACCAGCCGCAGCCGCAGCCCCAGCAGCAGCCCCCGCUCCAGCCCCAGCAGCAGCCCCCGCUCCAGCCGCCCCCGCAGCACCAGCCGCCUCCGCAGCCGCAGCACCAGCCUCCUCACCAGCCGCAGCACCACCACCACCACCACCUCUCGGUUCCUCCCCCGCCCCUGCUGCCCAUGGCACAGCCCCAGUUCAGGCCUCACCUGCCGGCGGCUCAGCCUCAGCCCAGCAGCAGUCGGAUGCAGUGCCCCCAGCGCCAGGGGCUCAGGCAUAACACGGCUUCUCAGAAUGUAACCAAACGGCCCAUGCAGCAGAUGCCCCCGACGGCGCCGCGAAACAGUAAUCUGCGUGAGCUGCCCAUAGCCCCGUCCCAUGUGAUGGAAAUGAGCAGCGCUCGCUGCUCCUCCACCCCUGCGGCUCCACUGAGACCUGCCGUCAGCACGUCACCCCCCGCCAGGCCGGGGGCCGCGUCCAGGACCGCGCAGGGGAGGACAGAGGCGAGGCCCAAGCCUGUUAGCCCGGUGGUUCAGCCUCAAGAAGGAGCGGAAACGGGACCGGAGUUUCCUGAUGAAGAUGAAGAAACGAGGUUGUACCGCUUAAAGAUAGAGGAACAGAAGCGCCUCCGGGAAGAAAUCCUGAAGCAGAAGGAGCUGCGGCGCCAGCAGCAGGCGGGUGCCAGGAAGAAGGAGCUGCUGGAGAGGCUGGCCCAGCAGCAGCAGCAGCAGCAGCAGCAGCAGCAGCAGCAGCAGCAGCAGCUCGGCGCCCCCCCUGCCCCGGCCGAGCAGGAAGAGCGGGCGUCCUCCCCAGCGCCCGCCAAUGGUAACCCGCUGUUACCCUUCCCGGGGGCACAGGUCAGACAGAAUGUGAAAAACAGACUUCUUGUGAAGAGCCAAGAUGUCACUCUUUCCACCGCUCCACCCAAGACGUCAAAUUUCGUGCCAUCUGGUGCUCCCACGCAGUAUCAAGGACAGCAGAUGAAGUCACUGAAGCCUCUGAGACAGGCCAGAAGCAUACCUCCGUGUCCGGCUCAGCACAAAGUCCUGCAGGUGAAGCCUGCCGACGGGGAGGGCCUGCCCCCGCCCUCGCAGACGGCCCGCGUGGCCUCCCUCCAGGGCCGGCCCCCGGAGGCCAAGCCUGGCGCCAAGAGGACUGUCAUGCACCGGGCCAGCAGCGGCGGCGGAGACGGGCCGCACGUCGGCUCCAAGGUCAGGGUGAUUAAGUUGUCAGGCGGGCAGGGAGGGGAGAGCGAUGGCUGUUACCACCCAGAGGGCCAGCCUCAGCGGCUCCCUCCAUCCCCAGAAGUGAGACCGCAGCCUGCCCGCAAGGUGACGCUGACCAAGGGGGCCCUUCCGCAGCCCCAGCACCCGCCGGUGGCGGCCCACGUGCACUCGGCCGGCCCUCCAGCCAUCAAGAGCAUCCAAGGGAUUCACCCGCCCAAGAAGGUCAUCAUGCACGGGAGAGGCCGAGGAAUGGCGGGCGCCGUGGGCCGGGGACGCCUGAUGCCCAACAAGCAGAACUUGCGGGUGGUGGAGUGCAAGCCUCAGCCCUGCGUCGUGUCUGUCGAAGGGCUUUCUUCAUCCACGACGGACGCCCAGCUGAAGAGCCUGCUCGUGUCGGUGGGACCCAUCCAGAGUUUACAGAUGCUCCCCCAGCAGCGGAAAGCCAUAGCCAAGUUCAAGGAACCAGCCCAUGCGUUAGCGUUCCAGCAGAAGUUCCACAGGCACAUGAUAGACUUGUCCCACAUAAACGUGGCCUUGAUCGUUGAGUGACUUCCAGCAGGAGAGGCUGACCGCGACGCUGCACGUGCUGUGGGAUUUCCUCGCGGGGGCUGCGGGCGCAGAGUCCCCGCGAGCUCAGGCUCCGUCCACAGUCCUGCGUGGCUGUUGUCCGGAGCAGCCGACGGCCCAGUGUUGGUUCCAGAAGAGCUGGACUCAGGGCCGGGCCGACCGGAGCAGGUGUUAGACGCUCCACAUGCUGUGUCACCACCAAGAACUACAGUUUCCGCUCCUUUUGUUUUCCAAGUGCUUACGAUGCAUGUAGACACUGUUCUUCGUGACCUUACUGUGUGACCGACUACAGUGACUUAGAUUGAGGAGAGGACAGGGACGUCCCACGCUCUCAGUGUUCCCACGCAGAGAACAUUUGAUAAUGGUUGCACUUAUCUUCAGUGCUGGCUAGGCAAGCAUCCUCUCAACCAGCCCCACUUGCGUUGUCUUCUCAGGAAGCCCUCAAAAGGCUCUUGCCAAAACGUAGAUGAAAAUGCGGGGCUUAUGACGGACAGUCGCGUAUCCUGGAGAGCAGGGUUGAGGGUGGUUGGGAGCGGUGCCAGUUGUGUGGCAGAUUCUGCUUCUUGUAAGUAGUCUAAAGCGCCAACUGUGUACUUCUAGGUGCAAAGGGACCGCCCCGUCCCGCUCUCCCGAGGAAGGCCAGGGCCGGUGGGCUCCGGGGCGCCCCCAGGCAGAGCAGGGGUCACACCCUCGCGCGGGGCCCUCCCCACGGCACGUCCUGGGCGAGGCGCAGGGACAGCGCCAAGUGUAACAGACCCAUUUGGUAUUUCCUCUUUUUAAAUGCAGCCCCAAGUGGCAUAUUGGUGUCCUCGGCUCUGUCACGUCUGUCCCAUUCUUGCGAACCUGGCUGUUGUUGCUGUGAUUAACUUCCUCUUUUGAAGGCCUUUUGAGCAGAGGCUGCACCGUCCUUCACUGGACCCCGAGAGCAGGGGGACGCGGGCCCUGGUCGCUCACACGGCGUGUGAUGUCAGGGCGGCGGGGAGCCUGCCCCGGGGGCUCUGCCCACCCUCAGGUGAGACGCUCCCUCCCCAUGCAGUCGUCUGUGGUCAGAUCCGUUCUGCAAACGUUGACAAAAGUGCCUUACUGUAUUUCUGCUCAUGAUGGAGUUUCAUUUUCUUGGAUUUAUUCUAACGGCCUGAGCUAUUUGAACCAAUGCUGCUGGGCGUACGCAGAUUUUUUAGCUGUCUUUUAUACCUGAGACUUCCUGUCGGCUUUCUUCCUGCAACUAAGGGGCAGGGAAGUCUGGCCCACACCCUGCCUCUGGCGGCCCAGCCGGGCCCAGGCAGGAGCAGCAAGGCCCUGAAGCAGGGCGCUCUCUGUCGCGGCUUCUAGUGGGAGCUGGGACCCGCGUCACGGGCGCCUGUGUGUUAUGUUCACAGUUGCCAUUUUCUGUUGUUUUUUUCAGACUGAGUUACAGGAACCAGAGGAGAGGAUUUCAGACCCUGAGACUGUGUAGUGUUGAGCCCAGAGGGGCCCGUGAGCAAGGCUAAGUCUGGGAGGUGACGGCAGUUAUGGCGGCUGCUCUUUAGAAGCUGUCGGUUCCGAGGACCACUAGGCGCUCAUAGAACGCGAUAGAACCCCUCCCACCGCGGGGCCUGGCCACCGUGUUCCAGAACGCCCCCCACCCCCGCCUGACCCUCGGGAGGUGGUGGUGUGGCCAGCCCGGCCCGGGCGUCUUCACCCGUAGGUACUGGUGCGUUUACAGAGUUCGGAGUGCAGUGUCUUUGGCUCAGUCCCCAGUGAGCUGCGUUGAAACGCCGAGCUGGGGUAUGGCAAGCUGGGCGAGGGGAAACCCAGGCCGCUUCCCCGAGCUGGGCUUGUCGUAGCCCCAGGACUUGGUGAUGCAGCGCAGUGAGUCUCACCAGUGUUUAGCAGUUUCUGAAGUCGUCGGAGUGUGCUGUGGCCUUGAAACCACACACCUGCAGGUUGUCUCUGAAAAGUAGCCACUUAGGUGCACGGUUCUCGAGUCAGUGAUAAGAAACGCAUCCCGUUUGGGCCCAGUGUUCAAGGCAGCCCUCGAGGCUCCUUGAGGGCCUGCUGUUGGCGUGGGAGCCCAGGGCGCGCGUGCGUGCGUAUGUGUGUUUGUGUGUGUGUGUGAUGUCUGCGUGCAUGCACAGCCAGCUUUUCCGGAUGGAAUGUUCUCGAGAGGCCAUAGGUCAGGUGGAGUCGAGCUGAGCCCUUUGUGUGAGGCCCCGGUUAGAAAGGCCCCCACAGUCACCCCUAGUGCACACGGCUCUGGGCACGGGCACACUCGGUGCCAGCCAGCCGGGAACGAAGGCUUAGUUUCCUUGAGAGAAACUGGACAAGGAAAGAAGCAGAAUUAGAAAGUAGUGUUACUUCUAUUUUCGGUGCGCUUCUCGCGGGAAAUCCGGCCACCGUAAGCUGAACCCUCUUGGAAGAUCUGUUGCAACCAUUAUCUUUGUUCUUAUUUAUCAUGCAUUUAAAAUGAGAUGCAGAAGCAUUCAACAUACUAUGUAAAUACGGACCUUGGAAAAUUAAAAUGUUAUUGGAAAUGCUUUCAAUUCAACAACAUCUUAGCUAUUUGUUAGUUCUUUUGUGUUGUCUUAUCAAAGUUUAAUGGAUACAGUUCCAUAAUUGUUGAUGUGUUUGUGUGUAUAUUCGAUUUUUAUAAAGAUGGUAGUAAGUCAAUACAUUUAUCCUGAUCUGUGUAUUAUUUGUCCACAAGUUCAAGAAGCCAGGAAAUAGCAGCGUUUCUCACCGAGGCAGCGCGGCAGGCACUUGUGUGGAGCUGAGCUGCGUUUCUUUUGCAUUAUCUUGUUCUGACUUGAUGCUGUAAUAGAAGUUCACUUAGAUGCUUUACCUGAGCCUAAUCUCGCAUUGCUGUCGGUCUGGCCACGUUGUUACAUCCUUACUACCAGUCUUCCGAAGGGGAAAUGGCGGCUCUUCUUCCCGGAGGAAAUGUCGAGGGGUCCCCCUUCCCUUGGUGGACAAGUGGCGUCCUCAGGAGGUGCCUGUGCCCUGCUCCCCAGGGCUGGGGCUGGGGCUGGGGCUGGGGGCGGCGGUGGGGAGGGCUCCAUCACCACCGUUUCUGAUUUGGGUCUUCGCACGAUUUGUAAAGGUCCUGGAAAAACAGUUGUUUGUGCUUGGUUCUGUUUCUGCAUUGUGACAGGGCUUCGGUCCUGCACCCAGGGGGUCUUUUUUUUCUAAAAGCAUGUUGCUUCAUUAUGCAAACUGGAGGCUGGGAGAGGGUGUGUUGAGUAACGGGCCAGGAGGAGGGGCGUGGGGGGCGAGAGGCAGGAAGGAGGGGGUGGGGACACGUGUCAGCAGCCAGCCUCUGCUCACACGCCGGCCUGUAAGAGGGCCAGCCGUCCAGUCGGGAAGCGGGCGGGCCGGCGGGCACGCGCUGCUCUCGGUAGGUGUCUGGACGCCCUGGCGGAGGGCAUCGCCUCGGGCUCCUGGACCGCCUGGCUCUUGGCCCAGGGGAGGCCUGGCCGGCUCUUUGGAGGGUGGAUGAGGCCUGAGGCCAGCUGGGUUUGGAGAACCUGUCACCUCUGGUUUGUUUUGGUUGUGGUUUUUGGUUUUGGUUUUUCUUUUCGCUUAUGGUUUUUGUUUUGUUCUGUUUGGUUUUUUUUGUUGUUGUUUUUUUGUUUUUGAAAUUUGCUUGUUUAAACGAAGGUAAGCUCAGUGUGCUUGUGGACCAUUGACUGACAGGGACCCUGUGGGGACAGUCAGGUUGGUAGGGGUCCUGUGCCUGUCACUGCCCUUGGGCCCGCUCGCCUCCCACCUGUCCAGCCAGUGGCCGAGGCCGGUCUGGCUCUGCCGGACUGCAGAGUGGGAGGGCCCCCGACUCCCCUUCCUCCCCUUCCUCCCCUUGAUCAGGUAGAGCCGCCCUGUCCUGUGCGCUGCACCCCCCUCCCCCGCACCUUUUUCUUUCUUUGGGGGUGCAGGGCGCUUGGAGGGUACCAUUGAUUCUUUACAGGUUUUUAAGUGACAGUAUCCUAGGAGGGCAUCAACGGGGGCGGGGGGUGAGUGAUUUACAAAAUAGGAGCAGGAGACCACCCCCCCCCCCGCGCCCCCAUGGAGGAAGUUUAUAUCAGAGGGAAAGUUGAGCUGUUUCAUUGUAUUUAAUGAGCAUUCCCUGAACCUUUUCCACUGUUUUUAAAACUUGUGAAUGACGUGUUGUUUUGGACAUUCAUAAAUAUGAACUCUCCCAAGGCAGUUAGCCUUGACUUACUCUUAAAUCCUAAGGAUUUCGUGUAAGGUUUUUUGCAACCUGUUUAAUUUUCCUCGUUCAAAGUACCCAUGGUUUUGUAUCCCGGAACCAGACAAAAGCCCCUGAUUCAUAUUGGAUCCCAGGUAUGCCUUCUGGUGGGAAAGGGUCACCGGCUUUGCACCCGUGACCUUCCCUUUCCAGAGAAUGUGUAGAAAUAAUCUUGACUCUGCCACGUUUGGUAGGAAAUCUUCUAAUUAGUUAACACGGGCAGGUAGGACAGGUAUUUUUUGGUGAGACGUUGCUUCUUCCUUUUACUUCUAGGUAACUGGAGUGUAAAAAGGUCUCCACGUUGUGUUUUGUUUUACUAAUUUUGAAAGGUAUGUGGAAAAAUACAGGCCUUUGAAAAAGAAGCCUCACGGCCUUGCAUUUUAACAUUGUCCACCGAGUGGACGCGCGGAUGUACGGUUCUCACGUAGCCUGUGUUUAGUAAUUUGGUAGCCUCUAGAAAGCAGCCCUCCUGACCUUCUUCUAGCAUGAUUUUCUUUUAAACUCUUUUCCUUUUAGGGGCGUUUUCAAAGGGCUGUUUAAACCGCGCGCCCUCUGCAGCGCUGUCGUAGAGCGAGGGAGUCACGUUUAAAGCGACACGUGUUUGUGCUCUGGGCCGAAGAGCGCGGUCGUUUCUCUCUAUAACUCAGCUUUGCUUUUCACAGGCAUGGGAUCCCGACUGUCUUUCCUCUGUGAGGAUGUUCACUCUCAGGCUUUAAUUCCGCUGUUUGGUUUUCAGGUUCACCAGCGACACAGCCCGGAAUCUGAUUUUUUUUUUUUCCUCCUCCCAUUUUUGAGCUGGUUCUCUUUGCUGGGUUCCGAGUCUCAUCUGCUGCUUGCUGCUGCGGGUCUGGGCCUCGUCCGCGGGUCCUGCUGCCCCCCCGCCCCCACCCCGGGGGGCCCACACCUCCCGACGCCGCCUUUCCCCGGGGGUCCUUCUCUCCUCCCGCCUCCGCGCCGGCGGCUCUUCGUCCGACGACGUGGUCACACCUAACCUUUGCUUUGACAGGUCUUACUCAACGUUUGUUCCUCCAGGUCUUGGGUUGGCAAGAGCGGCGUCAGGAUCCCGUGGCUUCGCGGAGGCCGCGCCGCGCCCGUGGCUACUCACCCUUGUCUGUUUCUCUCCCUCUCCUUUGCAGGACCUCUUUUGCAUGAGCUCAGUGUUAGUAGUAGCACCUCUUCUUCCCCGGGAGGUGCUGGCCGCCUUGACCUUGUUACCGCUCGCUAACCUUAGGCGUAAGCUCGAGGCGGCGUCUGGAGCUGUCACGGUUUGGGGGCGAGGGGGGCGCGCGUUGGGGGUUCAGAAAGCGAGAGAGGACCGGAUUGCUUUCCUCGGGGUUGGUCUGCUGCAUGUUUUCUGCCAAACACACUCCACUCAAUUUGCGGGAAGUGGUGCUGCCUUGUCUCACCCCGUUUUUCACGUUGCUCUGAUCACUGUGAUGCUUUCUCAGGAACAUGUGUGAAGAACAGUUGUGACAUAGUUGGAAACAAUGUAUUCUUGUGUGUACCAUUUGUGUGAGUCCAUGCUGGAAAAUGUGCCUUAAACCGUGUUGUAACUUGGAAGAUGUGUGAAUAAAAUACCUUACAGUUUC